AUGGCGGUGGAGGCGGCGGCGGCGGCCAAUUCGGCCCACAUACGGCGGAAGAGCAUCGGUGGGCGGCCCUUCAAGAGCUCCCCCGACCUCACGCUGCUGCUGGAGAACCUCUCCAAGGAGGCCAGGAUAGAGCCUGCCAGGCUGAGGCUUUCUGGGCCGCUGGGCGAGGGCGCUUAUGCCAGUGUGCGGCGGGCCGAGUUGCGGGCGGGCGCAUCCCUCCCUGGCGGGGAGGCCGACACGCGGCAGGUGGCCGUCAAAUUCCUCCACCAGCAGCUGCUGGAGGAUGCGGAGCAGGUCCAGCUAUUUGUGCAGGAGGUGGAGCUGCUGCGCACCCUGCGCCACAGCAACAUCGUGGAGUUCAUAGGCUGCAGCUGGCAGCGUGCUGCCGCCAAUGACGACUUUGCCAGGGCGGGGGCGCCGGGGCUGGCCAAUGUCAGCCCGCCGCCAGCCAAGUACGGUCCCAUCAAGGUCCACUACUAUGUCCAGGAACUAUGCGGCGGCGGCAGCUUGGGUGAGCUGGUGAGGCGGCAGAUGGUCAAGCCGUACAAGCCUCUCUACAGCGACAUGGACGCGCUGCGCUGGAGCCUGCACACCGCGCGUGCGCUGCAGUACCUGCAUGAGUCCCGCCCCGUCAUCAUGCACCGCGACCUGAAGCUGGACAACAUCAUGCUGAGCAGCGCUGACGUGGCACGGGCAGACGUCAAGCUGGCAGACUUUGGCCUGGCCCGCCACACGGCGCACGCCCCGCUCCCCAGCAAGGCCCCCGCGCCGCUCGUGGAGCUCACCUGCAACGCCUGCCCGCCGGCGCAGCCAGAGCCCGGGGCGUCCAGGAGGGGCGGCAGCACCCGGGGCGCCACGCCUCACCAUGUUCCCGUGCUGACGGGGCGCACCGGCUCCCUGGGCUACAUGGCCCCAGAGGUGCUGGCCUCGCGCCCCUACGGCCCCAGUGCAGACAUCUUCUCCCUGGGCAUGUGCAUGUACAACCUCUUUGCGCGCCGCCUCCCCGGCUUUGAGCUCAUGCUCAACUGCUCCGAGGGCAGCGGUGAUCCCAUGGAGGUGUUCGCAGCAAAGGUGGCCGAGGGCUUCCGCCCGGCGCUGCCGCCGCGCGUGCCGCCUGCGGUGGCUGAGGUCAUCCAGGCUUGCUGGAAGGGCGACGCUGAGCUGAGGCCCAGCGCCGGCUGGGUGGUGCAGAUGCUGGAGCGCAUUGGCGAGUCGGAGCAGGCAGCGGGUCUAGUCGAAGUCUAG